CAGGCAUAUAAAUGAGCUGAUGCAGCAAAUUAUGUAAAUGAAUCCUCAAGUGACUCGAAAGCCUCAGGUGAAGGCACCCAAAGGAACCUGACAGAGAAGAGGGAAGUGAGAAUUAUGAUGAAGAGAAUAAGGCUCCAGCCAUGGGGCAGAGGUCAAACGCCAGUAGUUCGGUAAUUGAAAUGCAGAAAUCCAGUAUUCCAUUACGAAAAAGGCGCUCCCAACUGUCUAAAAAUCCGAUCUUAGCAAAGAUGCGGUUUAUUAAACCAAACCAGAGCAAUGUAGAUGCUAUUGAAGAGCUUAAGAAGAUCCAGAAGAAGCAUAAAUCUAGUAUAGAAGUUAAUAGAGUAUGAUUAGACUUCCUAUUAAUUUUUAUUUUCAUCGAAUUUAGUCCAUAAGUGCCUUUAGAAAUUGAACGAAAUCUCAAAUUACUCAGAAUCCCCUGCAUUAAGAAUUAGAGAGGAAAAUUUAGAUGAAGAAGAAUUACUUCCUAGCAGCAAUACAAUUACUUAAUCAGAAGCCUCCAAUUAUGGAAAAGUUAACCAAAGUUGAGCUUGAUAUGUAAGUUACUACACUAGAUGGUCCUCAGAGUUUAAAUUUCUGCAACUUAAGUCCCUAUCUGAUUCCCUUUCUGCAUAAUACACACAAUAUACCUUCAAUCCAAUAACUUCUCACCACCUUUGAGACAAAUUCCUACUAAAUUCCCAUCCAUUUUACACUCUCAGCCAUUUCUCUUACAGAACUCCCAAGCUUAUUAAAGACAUGAACCUUUCAGGACCAAAAAGGUACUCACCACAAAAAUAUUGCUCAGAUUCCUCAGAAGAAGAGGAAGUUAAGAAAGAAGACCCAUUGGUACCUUUCCAAGAUGUCUCAGAGGAUAUGAAAGAACCGUCUGGUCUAUCCCUGCUUAAAAUAGACGAAUCAAUACAUGAAAGUAUAGUUAAAAGCUCCCUUAAAUCUUCCAGUAAAAGUGAGAAGAGUAUACCAACUAUAUAUCCUAAGAAGCAUAAGAGGAAGAGCAUCAGUGACCCAAAAUUGCGUAAAAGUAGCCAUAGAAAUACCAACCAUAAUGAAUCUUCUAAUUCUUUGGGUAAAAGUAGUUUUCUAAGCAAAACUAUUGGAAAUUACCUUGACAAUAAAUCAAUCAGGGACACCAGUAAUUAUGGAGAAUCUAACCCAAGCUCUCAUGACAACGCAACAGGCUAUGAUAAGUCCAGAGCAAUGGCUAGGAUUGAUUUUGCAAGACAAUUAAAGAGUAAUAGUGACAGAUCAUCUCCUUACAUGGGCUCGAUAUAUUCUCGACAAGCUCAAUUAAUUAGUCCACUAGGGGGCUAUCCAAGAGCUUAUCCUGACUCUUCAAAGUCAUCGAACAAAUCAUUAGAUAGAGUCUCUCCCAAUACUCAUAGUGAUUAUUCUAAGAGGUUUAUUAACCAAGGAUACACAAUAGCCCACUCAAGCAAGAAUGAUAGCAAUCCUACAGAUCAUGAGAUAAGUGUUCAGACUGCUCUUAAUAAUGAAGGAAGAGAUACUAUAUUAUCCCCUGCAAAUAACUUCAGGGAACUACGAAAGCGAAUACAUGAAGAGAAUGAUUUUAGAUCUCGACGACUUCCUGACAAAGUUCUUGGCCCAUCCCUUACAAUGCAGUUAAGACCCUUGCCUAAAUCAUUCAAAAGUAGCAAUCUCUCUAGCAAGCAAGAGAGUGCGCUCAAGAACAGACUGGGAUUUCCACUGACCCCACAGAUGUAGAUGGCUGCCCAGUUUGAGGAUUUUA